AUGCUAAUAGUACCGCUUGGUUUAAGUAGAGGUUUCAGAAAUGGUAUUUAUUGUGCUAGGAACUUGAAUAGAGUGUUGGCACCGGCUCUACCGACUGCUUACGCUACUAAAAGACUAAUAUCUAUCAAGCCAGAUUUUUCGAAAUUCAAAUUAACCCCUCCACCUCCAGGCGGUGUGGUCGGUGGUGUAAAUGAUGCAUACAAGCCUCCUGAGCCAAAUCACUUUCAUGGGUCUUACCAUUGGGACUACGAAAGAAUAACAGCUGUGUCUUUGAUUCCGUUGACCACUAUCCCAUUAUACACUUCUCUAUCUGGUGGUGUUGUUCAUCCUCUCUUGGAUGCCUCCCUCUGCGUCAUGUUGAUUCUUCAUGCUCAUUACGGCUUUAUGAGCUGCAUUAUAGAUUAUAUACCCAAGAGGAAAUUUGGUCUGUGGCAUGAUAUGGCUCGCUACCUACUAUACGGAGGGUCGGCAUUAGCAUUUUAUGGAGUAUAUGAGCUUGAGACGAAUAAUAAUGGUAUAGUUGAUCUCAUCGCCAAUCUUUGGGGUGAGGACGAUAGUAACGUCUACAUGUUUGGGAGAAAUUAA